AUGUCUGGAAAGGGCGCACGGGAGAAUGUCUUCCCGACGCGGAUGAACCUGACUGUCACCAAGACGCGACUGAAGGGCGCCCAGACUGGACACAGCUUGCUGAAGAAGAAGGCAGAUGCGUUGGGCAAGCGAUUCCGCGCCAUCCUCGCCAAGAUCUCCGAAGCCAAGCUCAAGAUGGGCCGAGUAAUGCAACUCGCCGCCUUCUCGCUCGCCGAAGUGACCUACGCGACAGGCGACAUCGGGUACAUGAUCCAGGAGUCGGUCACCGAGGCGAGUUUCCGUGUCCAGGCCAAGCAGGAGAACGUCUCGGGGACGAUCUUGCCGGCGUUUGAAAUGGUGCGGUCGGGUGGUGGAGAGGGUGGAAGUGCACAAGGACAGAACGGAGGUUUCGGCUUGACUGGUCUCGGACGAGGAGGACAGCAAAUCCAGCGCUGUCGCGAGACCUUCUCCAAAGCAGUCGAGACGCUCGUCGAGCUCGCUUCCCUCCAGACCGCCUUUGUCAUCCUCGACGACGUUAUCAAGAUGACGAACCGGCGUGUAAACGCUCUCGAGCACGUCAUGAUCCCUCGCCUCGAGAACACCAUCUCGUACAUCAACUCGGAGCUCGACGAGAUGGACCGCGAAGAGUUCUUCCGCCUGAAAAAGAUCCAGUCGAAGAAGAAGCGCGAUAAUGCGGUCAAGGAGGAGGCGGAGACGGCUGCGCGGGUCGAGCGCGAGGCGAGAGAGGAUGCGGAGGCAUCGCAGACGGGGUAUGGAGCCGGAGCGGGCGCGGGAAAUACGAAUGCCGGGACGUCGGGCGAGAAGAAUUUGUUGGCCGACAAGGACGAGGAUGUCAUCUUCUGA